UUUCCAUCGUCGGUAAUGUCAGCACCUCCAGUACCCCCUCUCCCUCAAGACUACACACGCCACUCCUCACUUCCACCACCACCCUUGCCACCCCUUCCACCAGAAUACUUAGCUUUACAACGUGAUCAAUCAAGAUCUCCCUUACCUGCUCCUCGUCCUCAUCGCCUUGACCCAGAUUUACCAUCUAACAUGGCUCGCUCCUUGGACCAGGCCGCUUCUUACGCACCCCCAAUGAAUCAAAAUUUUCAUCACGCUCCCUCUCUUCACGCCGUAUCAAGUUACAAUCCAAAUCCAGGCUUUGUUCCACCUCCUCAAGCUUCCUUUCAACAACCUCCAAACACAACAAACACUCCUUGGAACGCCUGGAACCCCGUAAACCCAAUCGGUGUUCCUCUCCCAGCUUCCCCGCGACCACCUCACCCUGCUCAGUACCCACUUCAAGUGCAGCACUCUCCUCCAAUGCAACACCACCCACCUCCACGUGCUCAAAGUCAAUCCGCUGUUCCCAGUCUCACUGCCCCUAUCCCCACAGUACAAAGCCUCUCCACUGCACUUCCCACAAUACAACAACCUGCCCAUGACCCUCCACUUAAACUCGCUUGGGCUCGUGAUGUUCUUCUCCUCGUAGAUCGUACUCAACAUCCUACUGCAACUGACAUCCCAGCGGGUCCAGUCACAAUUACUGAUCCACAAUUACAACGUCUCGUUUCAACAGCAGUCCCUCUUGUACAACAACUUGCAGCCAUCAAUCACCAACCACUUCCCCUAUUCGUCGCUGAAGCAAUCUACCUCCGUGCUACUCUCGAAUCUAGCGGCGCUUACCCAGAUCGCAUCCCACACAAUCCUCGUCAGGCUUUCCGCGAUUUCGAAACUGCUGCACGUGCAGGUUACGCAGCUGCUUGGUUCCGUCUCGGACGCGAUUAUGAAAACUUCAACGAUGUAGUCCAUGCCAAGGACUGUUUCGAGAGAGGUGCCAAGAUGGGCGUCGAAAGUUGUGUCUAUCGCAUGGGAAUGGCAAAUCUACUGGGUCAGCUUGGCCUCCCUCCAAACCCUGCUGCAGCUCUGCCAUUUUUGCACCGCGCAGCUACCCUCGCGAGUACUACUACUCCUCAACCCGCCUAUGUUUACGCCCUCCUUCUCCUCGGUGAAUUCUCUGCUGCUUCCAUACCCACUUCCCUCCUACCUCAACUACCCGUCGCUCAAUCCGAGGCCCGUCGCCACCUCGAGCGCGCAGCCUACCUUGGUUUCGCACCCGCACAAUACAAACUUGGACACGCCUACGAGUUCGCCAGUCCGCCCUUCCCAUUUGACGCCUUGCUCAGUGUCCAGUAUUACUCCCUCGCCAGUCAGCAGGGCGAGGUCGAAGCAGACAUGGCCCUCAGCAAGUGGUUCUUGUGCGGUGCAGAAGGCGCAUUCGACAAGGACGAAGGUCUCGCCUUCACCUUUGCCGAAAAGGCUGCCAGGCGCGGGCUACCAAGUGCUGAGUUUGCGAUGGGUUAUUAUAAAGAGGUCGGUGUGGGUGGUGAGAAGGAUCUUCGGGAAUCCAUGAGGUGGUAUACUCUCGCCGCUGAACAUGGGAACACAGAUGCUGUAGAACGCAUCGCAGCGCUUAACCAAGUAGUUCCACAAGCACUCUCACGACAAGAGCACGACACCAUUACCGAAACACAACUCGUGCGCACACGCACUCAAGCUCGGGAACGAUCCAGUGCACAGCCACGUAUGAGUGUGGAAGAUGGGAGACAAGUUAUGGAAAUGGCACGAAAGAGCUCGAUCGCGCGACAGCAGUCUCCACCACAGGUCAUGAUGUCGCUUGCUGAACGUUCAUCACCUUCUGCUGUUCCCCAGCAACUACCUCCGCAACAACAACAGCCACAAAGGCAGUUCGUUGGUCAACAUCGAUACACCCUUGUAGACCCUGGAUCUGGGAGCGCUACACCCUCACGCCAGCAGUCGCCAUCACAGCAGCCACAGCCACAACCACAGCCUGCGUAUGCGCGUGCGGCUGGUAGACCGCCUGGUCAGAGGCAAGGGUCGGCGCCGCCCCAAGGGCAGCCACCACAGGCCCAAGGAUCGCCAGGGGAUAGAGCUCCCACUCCUCAGGCUGCGCGUCCCACAGGCCCAAAACCGCCCACGACGUUUGCGGAGAUGGGAAUUCAAGGUGCAAAAUUGGAGGAAAAGGAGUGUGUGAUUAUGUAGGGAAGUGGAUCGGGAUGCUCCGAGUACAUAUAUACAUACCCAUUUUUUCAGCUUUCUCUUCGAACUCUUUUUCUUCUUGUUCUCGGGCAAUGUUUGUUCGGUUCUUACGUAGUCUUACAUGGACUUGCAUGAUAAUGAAGCGUAGAUGUCACGUUUUCGUUUACGUCGGAUGGUGUAAUUCUGUCUUAUUGCUGUGUUGAGCACUGGAAUCAACAACAAUCUGGCGAUUCAUUGA